AGCUGGAAUUUGAAAAUUAACAAAAAGGAAGAUUGAGAAGAAAAUUGGACGGGGGAGUAAUUGAUUGUAUUUGAUUCAACCUUCUUCCAAACCCAUCGUUACAUAUCAUUAGGGUUCUAAAAUCUGGGGAUUCAUUGCUUACGGAAGGACUGUACUAUUCUGGAGCGAGCGAAUUGGGAAUGGGCAGUUCAAAUGAAUUUCUGGAAGAGCUGCUGAAUGUGGAAGCUGAGCUUCAAGAUGUCCAAGAUCAGAUAAAAAUUCUUCUUGAUCAGCAAGAGAAGUUGUAUGCGAGAAAAUCUGAGUUAAAGGCCCUUCUUGAAGACUUUGAAGCUUCAGAAAACCAUUAUGAUGAUGAUGGUGUGUCAGCAGCUACAGAGAACUGGUUAGGGUCAUUCGAAUGGGAUUCUAGAGCUGAUGAUCUUCGGCUUAAUAUUUUUGGCAUAUCUUCAUACCGUGCAAAUCAACGAGAGAUAAUAAAUGCAGUCAUGAGUGGAAGAGAUGUUUUAGUCAUUAUGGCUGCAGGUGGUGGCAAAAGUCUUUGCUACCAACUUCCUGCUGUUCUUCGUGAUGGAGUUACCCUUGUGGUCAGUCCAUUGCUAUCUCUAAUCCAAGAUCAGGUGAUGGGUCUAACUGCUAUAGGAAUUCCAGCAUAUAUGCUGACAUCAACUACCAGCAAGGAUGAUGAGAAGUUCAUUUACAAAGCUCUAGAAAAGAAUGAAGGAAACCUCAAAAUAUUGUAUGUCACACCUGAGAAAAUAUCAAAGAGUAAAAGGUUUAUGUCAAAGAUUGAAAAGUGCCACCAUGCUGGCCGCCUCUCGUUGAUAGCAGUUGAUGAGGCACAUUGCUGUAGUCAGUGGGGGCAUGAUUUCCGUCCUGACUACAAGAACCUUGGUAUUUUGAAGACUCAGUUCCCCAAUGUUCCUGUUAUUGCUUUGACGGCAACUGCUACCAGAAAAGUUCAACUUGAUUUGAUGGAGAUGUUGCAUAUUCCAAAAUGUGUGAAGUUUGUCAGCACUGUAAACAGGCCAAAUUUAUUUUAUAUGGUAAGGGAGAAGUCAUCGAUUGGAAAGACUGCGAUCGAUGAAAUUGCUGAGUUUGUAAAAGGAUCUUAUCCGAACAAUGAAUCUGGAAUAGUUUAUUGCUUCUCCAGAAAAGAAUGUGAGCAGGUCAGUUUGGCAGUUCACUGAAUCAUCAUUUGCUAUUUCUUUCUGAAUUGGUUUCUAUGUCUGUUUGGCUAUAUAUACUCAUGUCUGUUACUGGAAUUCCAUUC